UUUUUAUUUUCCACACAAAAUAAGAACCAGCGACCACAACAAAAGCGACACAAAAAGAGAACAAUAAGCAUUUUACUACAUUACACAGAUAACAACAAUCACCCUUUUCCCGACCAAAAAACAGAUCAAUUAGCCUCUAAUUCAUGUCGAACUUGCCUGUUCCCAAGCAGACAAAACGUUCUUUGAGUGUAUCUGAAGGUCUUCAUCUGAAGAUACCCAUACACUCAAUUGAUUCAGAACAGGCUGUACCUACUGAAUCAAAUUGGGCAAACAAGUACGAGGAUUUUGAAAUAGGAAAACCAAUUGGCUACGGCUCUUCCGCUGUUGUCUAUGAAGCAAUGUACAAGCCAUUGAAAAAGAAGGUGGCCGUAAAGAUGAUCGAUUUGGAUAUGUUUGAAAGGAAUCAAAUCGAUGAACUUCGACGUGAAACAGCAUUAAUGGCUUUAUCAAAACAUCCAAAUGUUUUGCCAGUUUAUGGGUCUUUUGUGAACGGAUCUAAACUCUAUAUUGUCACACCCUAUUUAGCAGCUGGCUCUUGCUUGGACAUUAUGAAGUCGGGCUUUCCGGAUGGCUUUGAUGAAAUCUCAAUUGCUACUAUUCUCAAACAAGCAUUAGAAGGCCUUAUCUAUUUGCACAAAAAUGGUCACAUUCACCGUGAUGUCAAGGCUGGUAAUCUACUGAUGGAUGACCAAGGCACUGUACUCUUGGCUGACUUUGGUGUUUCAAGCUCAUUAACGGAGAAUAAUGAAAUGAGAAAAACCUUUGUGGGCACACCUUGCUGGAUGGCACCUGAGGUCAUGGAACAGUCUGGUUAUGAUUAUAAGGCAGAUAUAUGGAGCUUUGGUAUCACUGCAUACGAAUUGGCUACAGGUCAUGCUCCAUUUGCCAAGUAUCCUCCUAUGAAGGUCUUGAUGAUGACGCUCUCAAAUGCACCACCUACUCUCGAUCGGGAGAACUGUAAACACAAAUACUCCAAAACGUUUAAAGAAUUGGUCGACAUUUGUUUACAAAAGGAUCCUUCCAAACGACCUUCAGCUGACAAAUUGCUGCUUCAUCCAUUCUUUAAGCAGGCCAAGAGGAAGGAGUAUCUUGUGAAAUCUGUUCUUGCCCUUGUGCCUCCCUUGGAUAUGCGCCCCCACAAACGAUUACCAAAGAAGCACAUUAUGUUUUCAGCCAGUGACCAGAAUUGGGAUUUUGAUAGUCCUGAAGAUGAAAAAGACUCAACUAAACAAACGAUGACACCCGUGGCAACUGAGCUAGCAGUAGCAACACCGGUCACAGCACCAACAGUAACUACGCCUGCAGUAACAAUACCGGCCGCAACAGCAGACGCUCCUAGUCGAUCCAAAUCAGUUGUCAAGUUCAAGGAAGACCCACCUAAACCAGACAGAACCAAAUCUGUAAAUAAUGGGACUGAAAAGAAACACAUCACAUUUGGUGAUGUGACUAUCAAGGAUGCGCCACUUCCGUCUGCUGAUAAAUCGCCAGAUGAACCCGUGACACCUGUGCUGCCAUCGUCUACACCUACAGUAGCAGCUCCCAAAAAAUCCCGAUUUGUCAUUGAAGAUUACAACCACUCUAUCAACACGACCGACCUCCAGGCCUCGCCUUCAUCCUACUCCCCUCCUACCUCUGCUCAUAUUGACAUUAACCAUCCAGGCGUUGGUCUUGGUAUUUCUCAUGCUGGCUCCAUUUCGGCUGUAUCAACCAUCAAUAGUAACUGUAGCACCUUGCAAGAAGGCGAGUUCAAGAAGGGUCGAUUCAGUGUUAACCAGACUCCAUCUGUCACUCGUCCGACAACACCUGCAUCUGAUGAACUGCAUUGGUCAGAUGCUAAAAACCUUUGCCGUCAAGACAGUCUAAUGGAGCGUAAGUCAAGGUUUGAGGUGAGCCACAACAGUAAUGGUAGCAAUGCCUGUUGUGCGGCGCCGUCUGCCGAGACUCAAACGUUACACAGUGCGCCCCUUACCAGGGAAAGCUCUCAGUCGUCUGUCCUUUACAGAGAUCCAUCUAUCAGCAGCAAAGUGAGUCGAUUCUCAAUUGAGAAACCAGAAUUAAUGGCCGGUCCAUACUGCGAAGUACCCACUGUGUUGCCCCCUGAGUGCCGAAAGAAAGGUCGUUUUGAGUUAACCGGUGGCUCAAAUACGCCAAGCGAUUCUGGUAAACAAGAUAAAGAUGAAAAAUCUAUACAAUAUGAAUCUCCACAAUCUACAGUCGCUCCUUCUCCCGCCAUUUCACCCUCAAGUUCUCUUUCGAGAGGACAAGCUCAUCGUAUCCUAGACUCAAACUUCCCACACAUGGUAUACUCUCAUAUGGAUAACCUGCUCAAGCAAACCGAGAUACAAAAAAACAUGGUUCACAGCUUACUUGCCACCCUGCCCUCGGUAUAUACACCAACCUUUUCCUCAACUCCCCGUAGUAGAACUGUUUCCGAAGCUUUCAAAAAACCAAUGAAUAACAAUGUACAUAACGAUGAUCAAAGGUAACCAUGACAUUCAAUAGCCUUUCUUAUUAACUCAUCUUUUGUAUAGUCUUAGCAGUAGACCGUCAAGUUCAUCAUCUUCAUCAACAGCGUCUGCCCACUUGUCUGCAGAUAUCACUGCCACCAUGGAACACCUUCAACAGCUGUUGAUUAGUUCAUCAAAGGAGAGAGAAAAGCUAGUUCGAGAAAAUGAAGCCUUAAGAAAGGAAAUAGAACAGCUGAAAAGAAAUCAACAGCAAACAAUAGAAUAAACAAGAAGGGUAGACAGACAAUCUUUUCGCCCUCUUUUUUGGUUCUUUCUUGUAAACAUAAAAAGCCACAAAAAAGCAAUAAAA